CUACUGCUUUAGUCUUAAUUAUAUUUUCACUUGAACCUUUUUGAACAGUUUUCAGUUUCAAGCUCAAGAGUCAAACUUCAAGCUGUGGAUGGACAAAUAUGCAGCACAAAUCAGGAGCAAAUAAAUUAUCAAUGUAGUUUUCAUGACAUGAUUAUAGAUCAAUAAAUACAGCUUGUCAAUUUGUGCCUCUGGGACUCAAAGCCAUUUGUUUCCUGCUGUCUCUCUCUUUUUUUCAACCAACACACACACACACACACCCCAUCUGCAUCCCUCCCACUGACAAGUGGUGCUCCAAGUCAGCCGGUGGAAUAGAGUCUCACUUCUCGCCUGCUCUGCUCCCAACGAUGCGUUCUUCUCUCUACCUCCUGGCUUUCCUCUACCUGCGCUCCAGGGCAUCAGCUGAGUGGUGUUACCAGAGCCAGACCUGUGAUGACACAUGCAAAGACCCAAGCCGCUGGGCAGCUCUGUUUCCCAGAUGUGGAGGUUUACGCCAGUCGCCAAUUAACAUCGUGACCAAUAAAGUUCAUUUCAGCAGCGCCCUUCCUCACUUCAGCUUCAUCGGACACACCGACUUAAUCAACAUCACAGUAGAGAACAAGGGCCACUCUGCUCACUUUGCUUUACCAGAGUCAGUGCGGCUGACAGGAGGCGCUCUGCCGGGUCACUACAGAGCGGCCCAGUUUCACUUCCACUGGGGAGAGAGAGGGACACCGGGAUCAGAGCACACCAUUGAUGGGGAAAGAUUUCCCAUGGAGUUGCACAUAGUCCAUAUUAAGGAGCCUUACAGCUCUCUGGAGGAAGCAGGACACGAUAUGGCGGGCAUCGCUCUGCUCGCCCUCUUCUUUGAGGAAACAGCAGAUGAUCAUCCUCAUCUAGACACAAUAAUUGCUGCUCUGGGUCAAGUAAAAAACAAUGGCAGCAGCACAGUGAUUCCAAACUUUAGACUGAGUUACAUCAUCCCGGCAGCCUCCGAGCUUCAUAGUUACUACCGCUACGUGGGCUCCAUGACAACUCCGGGAUGUGAGCAGGCGGUUGCAUGGACAGUGUUUCAUAGGAUACUGUCAAUCAGCAGUCGACAGCUGGAUGCCAUAGUUAAACAGUGCAGAUUUUGGACAGGACAGCCCAUGACAAACAUCUUCAGACCCACGCAGCCUCUGGAUGGCAGAGUAGUUUACAGCUCCAAGUCAGGCGCAGCUCAUAAGAGAGUGAACCAAAUGUUGUUCGUCAUCCUCUCAGCUCUGUUCAUGCCAAUGAUCCUGAUACAUAUUAUUUAGAACAUAUAAUAUAAU